AUAUUUAUGCUCAAAACAAGAUGGCGUUCUUGACUUUUUGAGUGCUUCGGACAUUGAAUUUUCAUUGGACGCUCGGAUUUCUCAUGUUUGUGUUUUAUUUUACAAAACGUAAUUUUUAUUUUGUAAAUUAUUUUAAAUUCCUUUUAUUAUUACUAUUAGUUUGUGCAGUGUAUAUGUUUAGAGUGGUUGACUUGCACAAUGAGCAAUUACGAUGACGAUCAAAGUGAAGAUGGAGAGCUAGCACGCAGUCCUGUUCAAGACGAAAUGGAUUUCAGUUUAUCAGAUGAGGACCGCGAUAAUGCUGAUUCCUUAGUUAUAAAGCCACCACAGGCUGUGAUUCGUUCAUCACAUCGAGACAAACGGAGUCACAAAAGAGCUGGUAAAGAGAGAUUCAAAGAAGUAUCUCGGAAAGAAAAGAAACAUCUUUACAGGGAACGUGACAAACCAGAGAAGUCAAAAAGAGAACUAAGUAAAACUACUGACCGUGAAGAAAUGACCAAAGAAUAUUACAGAGAAAAGCAAUACUAUAGGGAAAAGGAGGCUUAUAGAGAAAAAGACCCUUAUCGGGAAAAAGAUGCAUACAAUAGGGAUCGAGAGUUGUACAGGGAGAAAGAAGCAUAUAGAGACAAAGAAAUUUAUCGUGAAAAAGAAGCAUACAGGGACAAGGAAGCUUAUCGGGAUAAGGAGGUUUAUCGAGAAAAGGAAAUUUUUAGGGAUAAGGAUAUCAGAGAAAAGGAAUUGUACAGAGAACGGGAAGUAAGAGAUAAGGAUAUGUACAGAGACAAAGACCCUUAUAGAGAAAGAGAUCAUUACAAGGAAAGAGAAGCUUAUAGGGAUCCUUCUGGGAGAGAUGCAGUACGACCUCGUGAAGCAUACAGGGAAAAAGAGUCUUAUAAGGAGAAAGAUGUACCACGGGAACGUGAUGUGUACUUAAAUCGUGAACGUCAAUAUAAAUAUUCAGAUAGUGAUAGAAAAGGAGUUGAAAAUAAUAGAAUUGAGUCAAGAUUAAGAUUAUUGGCUGAAGAAGGGCACGGUAAUCAUAACAAUGAAAAAGAAAAUAGGGAUAGAACUUCUGGAGAUAAGGAAUUGGAAGACCUAAGAUCUAGAUUACUGAGCAAAAGAAUAUCGAAGGAACUUCAAGGUCAAGACUCUAAGAGAUCAUCUGACUAUUCUGAAAAAGAGAUGAGAUCGGAUCGCCAUGUCACUUUGGAUAAACACCAGCAGGAAAGAAGGAAAAAAUUGCUUGAAGCAGAACGGGAAAUGGAAAAAAGGAAACAUGAAUCACGCACUGAGCUGGAAGCUAGACGCGAAGAACGCCGCCGCCGUGGGAAGAAGCGAUCAGUAUCACCGGAAGAGGUGUCCAGUAAAAAGUCAAAGACCAAUCAUUCCCCUGCAUACGGAGACUCAGUUGUUACUGUCUCUGAUGCCAGUGAUGUUGAGAUGAAAAGCAAUUCUCCACAUUCCGAACCUGAAGAUGGCGAACAUUCCAACAGUGAAACCGAUGAUGACAGUUCUAGUACAGACUCGGAUUCUGAUGCUGCCUCAAAGUCUGAGGAUGAUGAGGAAGACAAUAAUAAAGAGGAUAUUAAAUCAGACAAGGAAGAAUUAAAGGAGAAAGUUCCUGAAAAAGCUCGCCCAAAGUCUAGAUCGAAAUCGCAUACUCCUAAUUCAGAUAAUAGAACUCCAUCAUCUCAUGGAUCAAGAAGGUCACUUUCUAGAUCCAAAAGUAGGAGUAGAUCACAUUCUUUUUCUCCGCCACCUCCAGGAGAAAAUGGCAAACCAGCUCCCGAAGAAGAGAAACCCAAAGUGGAUGAUGAAGAAGCUAAAAAGAGAGAGGAAGCUAUUAGUGCUUUGCCCCCUUAUUAUCCCGCUCUCCAGGGUUGUCGGUCAGUAGAGGAGUUUCAAUGUCUGAACAGAAUAGAAGAAGGCACAUACGGCGUUGUUUACAGAGCUCGUGACAAAACUUCCGAUGAAAUUGUCGCUCUUAAACGUCUCAAAAUGGAAAAGGAAAAGGAGGGAUUCCCGAUCACGUCACUGAGGGAAAUUAAUACACUGUUAAAGGGCCAGCACCCGAACAUAGUCACGGUGCGCGAGAUCGUGGUCGGCUCCAACAUGGACAAGAUAUUCAUCGUCAUGGACUACGUGGAGCACGACUUGAAGAGCCUUAUGGUGACUAUGAAGGCGAAGAAGCAGGUGUUCCUUCCAGGAGAAGUGAAAUGCUUGAUGACACAACUACUAAGUGCUGUUCAUCAUCUUCAUGACAACUGGAUUUUACACAGAGAUCUUAAAACGAGCAAUCUUCUGUUAUCACACAAAGGCGUAUUGAAGGUGGGAGAUUUUGGUCUUGCGAGAGAAUACGGGUCCCCUUUGCGUCAAUACACGCCAGUCGUAGUGACUCUGUGGUACAGGUCACCAGAACUGCUGCUCUAUGGAAAGGAAUACUCUACGCCCAUCGAUAUGUGGAGCGUGGGAUGCAUUUUUGGAGAAUUCGUCUCUAUGAACCCGUUGUUCCCGGGCAGGUCUGAGGUAGACCAGCUGAAUAGGAUAUUUAAGGAUCUCGGGACGCCAUCGGACGCGGUGUGGCCGGGCUACAGCGAGCUGCCGCCGGUGCAGAAGAUGACGUUCGCGGAGCACCCGGCCGGCGGGCUGCGCCAGCGCAUCGGGCCCGACCUGCUGUCCGAGGCCGGCCUGGCGCUGCUGCAGGGCUUCCUCACCUACAACCCCGCCAAGCGGCUCACGGCCGACGCCGCGCUGGACCAUCCUUACUUUAAGGAGCAACCGGUGGCGAUAGACCCGGCGAUGUUCCCGACGUGGCCGGCGAAGUCGGAGGGCAACCGGCGCGCCACGCACAGCCCGCGCCCGCCGGCCGGCGGCGCCGCCUACGAGCAAUUCGCGCGCUCCGACUCCGACGACGCGCUCGGCUUCCACGUGCAGCCGCGCUCGCUCAACGUCGCGCCAGGUUUCUCGCUCAAGUUCUAGCCGGCUCUAUUAUAGUCUCCACCCGCGCCGUGCUCGCAGACGGAAAGCUGAUAUUUUUAACGCACUAAGCCAAGCCUCGUUCGCACUAGUCGAGUAAUUUAGUCGAGUGGCGAGUAAUUUUGUAGCUACGUGUCCGAACACCAAAAAUUUUGCCAGUUCGCGCGCUCCGACUCCGACGACGCUCCACUGCUUCCACGUGCAACAGCGCUCGCUCAACUUCGCGCCAGGUUUCUCGCUCAAGUUCUAGCCGGCUCUUGCCUCCAUCCGCGCCGUGCUCGCCGACGGAACUAAGCUAAACGCACUAAAUCACUCGACUAGCCUCGUUCGCAAUUUUGUAGCUACGUGUCCGAAUACCAAAAAUUUAGUGGAGCAGGUUACUAAUUCGUUUAGUCGAGCCAAGCCACCACGCGUCCCUGCUCACUCGCUCACCGGCUAAACGAGUUCGAACCGGGCGGUUUAGUAGAGUUCAUAUAAAAACCACUAAAUAGUUGUAACUGUACUCGAUGAAAGUGCGAAAGGCUUUUUGGUCUUAACUAGUAGUUUGUUAUUAAAAGCGAGUUAUUCUACUAAAUUACUCGACUAGUGCGAACAAGGCUUUAGUGCUAAUAGGACCGCCAUGUUUCAUUGGUCGGACCCAAGGUUGAAUGCUUAAACGGGAUACCCCGUAUGGGGGUAUACGGGACCGCGUGCCCAAGCCUUAUUAGGCGUCACAACAUAAUAUCUAAAUGUUGUCAAUAGCACUUUUCCGCUGUCGUUCGAGCGCAAUGGGUGUUUAUAAAUAAAAAUAUUGUAUAUUAUUUAGCAUUUUUGGUACGCGUUGAGUACACUUCGCGAUUUACAUUAUAUUUUUACCAUCAUUACGAGGUUUAUCUCACAUAAGUUUUUUGAAAUUACCUCACCUAUAUAAUUAUAGAUAUUUUUUCGACAAUAGGUUUCGUUUGAAAAAUGUGCCUUCGAGCAAAAUUAACUGCAAUAACUAACUGAAUUUAAUGAAAUCGUGCAAAACAUAAUAUUUAUAUUACAAAUCUAUGUGUUACGUAUAAAAAGCGAAUAGUCGUUGUACUUAUCUUAGCAUUUAACCUUGUAUUGUUUGUAACUACUUGUCACUUCUUCAAAAUCUUUUCGUAAAUAUGUAUUGAAAAAUAUGUAAAUAUUAAUAUUUUUGCAUUACUUAGACAAACCCAAAAUGUAACUUCAAAACAUAGAUAAUAAUAUAGUAUAUAGUAUUUUAAUAGGUAUCGUUACAUGUUGGUAACGAGAAAUAUCGUCAUAAAAUGUACUAAAUUAAACCAAUAAUGGUGGUUGCAUAUAGAAACCAAAAUGUCCUCAUAAUCCCCUAAAGCGAAACAAAUAAAACCUAAAAUUGUUCGAAACAGUUACUUAUUAGUAAUUAUACUAUAAUCUUAAAAUUAUAAAAGCAAAAAAAAUAUGUAAAUACAUUGUUUAAUGUAGUUAAGUAUUAGUGGUGAGUGAACCUCAAUGCAGAUAAUAUUAGAUGUAAUUUGAUCUAGAUUAGAAAUAAAUGGUACAAUAAUUAUAUUAUGUUUUGAGAAA